AUGGCAGCUUCGGCUGCCAGCACCGUGAGCGUCAGCUACGAUCCGAUUUAUGACGUUUCAACGACCUCCCUGAACAAAGUCGCCUGCUCUGACGGGCCGCAUGGACUCAAGAGAUUCGGCUUCAGCACACUGGGCGACCUUCCUAAGUUCCCAAUGAUUGGAGGCGCCCAAGUCAUUGCGGGCUAUGGCUCGGAAAGUUGCGGCAGCUGCUGGGAACUGACUUACAACACAACGUCCAUUCGGAUCCUGGCAAUCGACCACACCGACACUGGUCUCAACAUUGGUCUUGCCGCCAUGAACGCCUUGACUAACGACCGGGCGCAGUUCUUGGGGAGGAUACAAGCAACGGCUACGCAACUGGAUGCUGCUGCGUGUGGUCUUCGAGAAUGA